AUGUCUUUAAAUUUUAGCGUUGGCCUGCACUUAGCACUAGCGUUGAACAUGUUUCUUCCACUUCUUGGAGCAAUUCGUAGACCGUUACUCAGUUUACCAUCAUUCACCGCAGUGAACCGCAUCAUCCCAGCGUCGCGCUCUAUCCUCAUCAAUCGCUCGUUCCUUGUCCCACAAACUGGAUAUACGCUCCCGCUACCUUCACUAUGUGAUGCACUCGGCCAGAGGCGUUUUGCCUCUCGUGGCACCGAGUACCAGCCUUCGCAACGAAAGCGCAAAAGAAAACACGGCUUUCUUGCUCGGAAAAAGACCGCAACCGGUAGAAAAAUUCUAGCCAGACGACUAUUCAAGGGACGAAGGUUCUUGAGUCACUGAGAGUUCAUGGCGAUGGUCAGCAACUAGGGAACUUGAAGGAUUUCCAGGGACAUAAAGAUGAUGUUUUU